CGCUUCCUGACGCCCAAGCAAGGGAGAACGGUUCUUCACCGACUUCGGUGUAAGACGGUGAGGUCAGAUUUGUAGCAGCAACUAUAGAAAAGGUAUGGAGGUACAUUGGUACGGUUCCUCACACUCACCUCACAUCAUGGAGGACCGGGGCACCGAUGUCGCAUCAGCCGGGGUUUCCUCCAAAAAGUGAGACGGGAUGGAGAUUUGUGAUGGUCACAAGAUCGAUUGCCAGGGCCACUGACAGGGUCAUUGCAUUUCCUGUUCCAACCUGUCAAGAGAUUGAUCAAAGACGAGACUUGGUACUAGACCACAGCAGAGGCGCAUUCAGGCACGCAGAAGCAGUACAAUGCGGGGGCUUCAUUACAUGGUCUGAGAUUCAACUAGUUUUGUUUUGAAUAUUUAAAUAUUGGCUAUGCGGGUGAUCAGAAAAUUUCCAUGGUGUUUUACAUAGAGGCUUAGUUGAGGUGAGAUGGUGUUGUUUCCUCUUUUAUCGUCUUGGAGGCAUUGCGCAAAAGUUUACAUAAGGUAUUUUAAAAGUUAGGUUCCCAAUCAACAAUUGUAUCAUCAG